AGCUUGAGGGGAAACAGCCCAGUGUGCCACAUACCAAAACUAAUGAAGCAGAGGCCUGUGUGAGCUGCAGGAGGACACAGCGGGGCUUCAGUGAGAGGAAGGUGAGUGUUGCACAGUCAGGCUCGCGCAUGACUCAGCCAAUCAGCGUCUGUUCCCAAUUCACAACUUUCAAAACAUACGCGCGUGGGGCUGUGGGCUGAGUCCAGUUACAUCAGCAGGUCAUAAAACAGGAGAGCAGCUCACACUUUAAAGAACAAGCUCUGAGUCAGACCUGGAGGAGAGGACACCAGCUCCACUCAUGGACAUUAUACCCCCCAAAGUCAUCAUGAGGAGACCGCGCGCGCUCUGCAGCAGCAUUAAGCUGUUCGUCCUGUGCCACGGCCUCCUGCAGUUCUCUCAGUUGCUCUACAGCGCUUACUUCAAGAGCACCAUCACCACAAUCGAGAGACGCUACGGCCUCAGCAGCUACUCCUCAGGAACCAUUUCCUCUCUGAACGAGAUCAGUAACAGCAUCCUGAUCGUGUUUGUGAGCUACUUUGGAAACCGGGUUCACCGUCCCCGGGUCAUUGGAGUAGGUGGACUCCUGAUGGCUGUCAGCGCCAUGAUCCUGACCCUACCUCACUUCCUCUCACAGCCCUACGAAUACGACUCUGUUCUUCACAACCGUCAUGACAUCUGCAACCUGCAGGGGAACUCGAGCGUCCCUGACACCUGCAGCCUCGAUGAGAGCAGACGUCUGAAGGACACAAACAACCUGUGGCUGCUCAUGGCAAGCGCUCAGCUGCUCUUCGGCGUGGGCUCAGUGCCAAUCCAGCCGUUUGGGAUUUCCUAUAUUGAUGACUUUGCAGGACCGGGCAACUCUCCUCUUUACAUAGCCAUCCUGUUCGCGGUGUCUGUAUUCGGGCCUGCCAUCGGCUACCUGCUGGGCUCAGUGAUGCUGCGGAUUUAUGUGGACGUGGACAGAACUGGUUUAGGAGCUGAGCAAGAGCUGAGACACGGUGACCCCCGCUGGGUCGGGGCCUGGUGGAUGGGGCUGCUCAUCGCCACCGGCUGCCUGGUUCUCACCUCCAUCCCUUAUUUCUUCUUCCCUCGCAGGAUGCAGACAGAAGAUAAUGUUAUUGAAAUUGAUGGUGACAUGAAAGAUGACUUCAAAAAACCUGACAUCUCUUUACUUGAUUUCCUGAAAAUGUUCCCCCGGUUGUUUGUCCACCUCCUGCUGAGCCCUCUCUUCCUGACGCUGGUCCUGGCACAGUGCUGCUUCUCCUCUGUGAUCGCGGGUCUCUCUACGUUCCUGAACAAGUUCCUGGAGCGGCAGUACAGCACCUCAGUCGCCUACGGGAGCCUGCUAGUCGGUGCUGUCAAUCUGCCUGCUGUAGCCGUGGGGAUGCUGAUGGGCGGAGUCAUCAUGAAGAGAGUGGGUCUCUCUCUGAAGACCAUCCCACGUUUCUCUGUGGUGAUGCUGACCAUCUCCACCCUCCUCUGUAUCCCUCUCUUCUUCAUGGGCUGCCCCACGCAGAAUGUCUCUGAGGUCAAUCAUUACCAAAUCGGACAGUUCGGGUCUCUACCUUUGUGCUACUCCAACUGCUCCUGUCCUUCCAGUGCCUUCAACCCUGUGUGCGGCUCUGACGGUGUGGAGUAUAUUUCACCUUGUCAUGCAGGCUGCACAAACUUCACCAAAGACCCCAACAACACCCACAGAGUCCAGCUGUACACCAACUGCAGGUGUAUAUCAGGGAGUCAGAGCUACGCCCGCCCAGCUGCCUGUCCAAACAGCUGUCCACAUUUACUUUUACCCGUCAUACUCGUCAUCUCUCUGGCAUCGAUGAUCGCCUGUCUCACUCACAACCCAAUGUACAUGAUGGUGCUCAGAUGUGUUUCCUCUGAAGAAAAGUCGUUCGCUAUAGGGAUUCAGUUCCUGCUCAUGAGAGUGUUAGCCUGGCUUCCUGCUCCUGCUCUCUUCGGGAUGGCCAUCGAUACGUCGUGCGUGUGGUGGCGGCAUGUGUGCGGCAAGAAGUUAGGCUGUGGUUACUAUGACAACAACGUCUUGAGGAACAGGUACCUGGGCUUACAGGUGGGUUAUAAGGUCAUGGGGAUUGUCCUGCUGAUGAUGCUGGGCUGGAAGGUGCAGCGGACUCAGGAGUACAGUCUGGAGAAGAGGCCCGAGGGACUGCUGUGACCGCGAUAAGCGUCCCUGAUGAUUCUUAAAGCUUUGCAGCCAUUUUUGGAGGACAGUGUGAGGAGCAAAGCUGUAGCAUGGGGAGAUAACAGAGCGAGGACUGUCCAACAUCGAUCUCUCCUACCUGCAAACUUCCCUGCCUGGUGCCUCAACGGCUGGAGAUAAAUAUUAAGGAAAAAUGUCAAAUAUGAUUCAAAGGUUUAAAGCUCAUGACUGUAAUAAUUCUAACAGUAUGAUCCACUUAUGAAGAAAAGACAGCUAGAACAUCUCUCCUCUGUGGUACCUCACAUUUCUGUAUGGGUCUGAGAUAACGACGAGUCCAACUGAUGAAAUAACAGAUAAAUAUGUGUUUUCCUACAAGGAAGGAAUCUAAUCAGGUUUCUAUUUCCAAUGGGAAUAUAUUCUGUAACUAAUGAACUGUAUAGCUUAAUAUUUAAGUUUAUGUUUUAUAGAUGUUUUGUCUCAUACACAGAGACAUCUUUGAUAAAUGUAGUAUUCUUUUUAUAUAUGAUCACAUGUAACUCUUGAUUUUUUUUGUACCGCUAAUGAAUUUUAAAGGUCCCAUAUGAUGAAAAACACACUUUCCCUUACCUAUACACAAACUUUAGUCACCCUCCAGCCUAGCACACCUGAGGAUGUGGAAUGAAAAAGCCCUCCUCCAGGGAAAACAGCCUCUGCAAGCUGAUUUGAAUUUGCUCCUGUGGUGACAUAACAACAGGAGGGAUCUGCAUAGGUAGGUAAAACCCCUCCCUCUUCUUGAGCUCUCCAUUUCCUCCUAAGCUAUCGUGGUUUGGCUUUUGUCACAGAGUCAGGAUGUUAAAGGUUAGAGCCAGACACACCAACUGCUCUGUUCUUUGUUGUAAAAACCAACACAUUGUUCUGUCCCAGCACCGGAGGACCAAAGAAAACAGUGGUUGCUUUUAUUUUCAACAGCGUGUCGGCUACAGUUGGUGCUAAUUUGUUUGUGCUAACCACUUCACCUCAGACUGCUUCAACAAUGAGAGCUGACCACAUAACGUCACACAUGAAAGGCAAGAAAGAAGGAAUAACACUCAAAUUUCAACGGGACAAUAAGCAACAAACAACAGCAGACAUGAUCAAGUCUGCCUUUGGAAGAUCAUCAUACUCUAUUUCUACUCUACACUAUACUCAUCAACACAUAAUCCAACCCAAGACAACAUUGACCUCUUCUUAUGCAAUACUGAAUUACCUCAGCUUUCAAAGGUUCAAGCAGACACCUUUGAUAAUCCAGUUACAAUCUCAGAAUGUCAUGAUGCACUGAAAAGUAUGUCGAACAAUAAAGCUCCAGGUCCAGACGGCUUCCCUGCUGAGUUCUAUAAACACUUCUGGAAUAUCCUAGCCCCCAUUUUCAACCGAUUAACAGCAGACAUCAAACAAACAUCCAAACUCCCUGUAGACAUGAACACUGCCUCAAUCUCACUAUUACUAAACCUGACAAAGACCCAACCUCCCAAUCAAGUUAUCGGCCAAUAUCUCUCAUCAAUACAGACACAAAAAUCUUAAGUAAAGCCCUCGCAUCUCGACUAGAAUCAGUUAUUACAUCCAUCAUCCACUCAGACCAAACCAGCUUUAUUAAAGGAAGAUCAUCACACUCUACAAACCCAGAGAAACUAUGAUGCCACAAAAAAGUUAAACAAGUAAUUCAAACUAAAAUCAUCACACUGCUUAUGCAAAGUGAAAGAACUUACAGAUAAGUAAAAAAGAGUAAAUGCUCACAGUACAACUUAAACCACUUUCCUUAUAUAAGCUCUGAUUUAUUCUGGUGGUGUGUAUAACAGGCUUAGACGUGAUAUUUCAGCAGCAGCUCCAACAGUAUUGUGAUAUUUCAAAUAAAAGGAUCAACAUGGUUUGAGAAGAUAAGCAAGCAUAUUUUUACAUCUCAUAAGUGCUUCAGCUUAAAGGCUCUUGUGUUAGCUUUUUUUGGUCUUUGAUGAAGUAUGAUGUCAGGAAAGCACAGUCUAUAACUAAUUUUCACAUGUUAGACCAUCAACACCGUAAAGUGUCCUACCCUUCACUCUUUCUCCUUCCCUCACGAUCAGCAGCCAAUCAGCAGAGAGUUUCAUUACCACAGCACUCCCGCCUUCAGCUCACUGCAGGAGUGAUGAGGUUACAAACUGAGAGGCUGCAGAUCCUCCACAGAGACUGAGUUUGUGAUUGUUUUUGCAAAGGAAUUCAAAACAUUGCUUAAAAACCGGGACAUGUUUUAAACAGCUAAAAAUACCAUUAUAUGGGACCGUUCAAUACCAUGUGCAUUCAUUGUUAAUCAGACAUAUUAAGCUAUCAACUUAUAUGGUUGGAUUGCAUAACUAUGUAAGUAUUAUUUGCUAAUAAAACAUACAGUACAAUUAAUAAACUUGU